ACAGCCCCUCCACUCCAGCAAUCAAAGAGCACCAUAUUCAGGCACGAUGGUCCUAUCAUUCAUAUUGAUCCAGAACCGGCAAGGUAAAACCCGCCUAGCAAAAUGGUACGCGCCUUACAACGACGAAGAGAAAAUUAAGCUCAAAGGCGAGGUCCACCGCCUCGUCGCACCCCGGGAUCAAAAGUACCAAUCCAACUUCGUCGAGUUCCGUAAUAACAAAAUUGUAUACCGGCGGUACGCGGGCCUCUUCUUCUGCGUCUGCGUCGACGCGAAUGACAACGAGCUUGCGUAUCUGGAGGCUAUACAUUUCUUUGUCGAGGUGCUGGAUAGCUUUUUCGGGAAUGUGUGUGAGCUGGAUUUGGUGUUUAACUUUUAUAAGGUCUACGCCAUCCUCGACGAAGUCUUCCUAGCAGGCGAAAUCGAAGAAACGAGCAAACAAGUCGUCUUGACGCGGUUAGAGCAUCUGGACAAAUUGGAAUGAGGAAGUUAUCGUUUCUCCGAUAUACCAAUGGAAGCCGAGCCGGAGGCAGUAGGAAAGGAAAAGGCAAAGGAAGAAGAGGGGGAAGGAGAGGAGAAUGGGAUUCUAGUGAUUAGGUGGUUGGCUUGCUGAGCUAUGGAGAUAUGGCUCUUCGACAAAAGCUGGUCGAUAAGACGGACAGAACGAAGAGUGUUGGAGAAUAUGGAAGGAUACCAUGGAAGAGGUAGGAGAGGAUCUUGGGCAGCCGAGCGGAUAUCCAAGAUUCCAUGCAUCAAGAAACAGCAUUGUACGAGCAGAUAGGGCAUGGCAAGGUAUCGGGAGGCGUUCGGCGUCCAGGUGGAAGGAGUUCUUUACAACAGUUUCAGCGCGCGGCGAAUCAUGGAACGAAUGUCAGAUACCUAGGUAAUUACCUACCAAGCAUUUCCGACAGAUUUACACGUCCACUCGAGUCCAGGUCUUCACUCAAACCAAUGUCAUCUGCACGGAAGGCAAGUAGCCAUGAUAAUGAGGUAGAGUCAAGCAAAUGAUUCAGUUCCCAGAGCGCCAAGCUAGAUAUGCUUUGCCAUGCCCAGUAUGCGCAUGCGAAAAUUCCCCGACCUCCACUCGCUGAAGUCAACAUAACCGCGAUAUAUCUCCUCCGCCCCGGGAUGUGCGCCAUUCUCCAUGUACGCAAGUAUGCAUUCGAAAUCGACCGAGACUGAAAUCGGGUUUUUUGAGUUCCACUGUCCAUUCGCAAAGAAAUUCUGCUACGUUUUCAACCACUACUUUUUCUCAAUCUCGGCCUCAGAUCCAGCAUCAUACCCAGCGUCAGAUCCUGCAGUCCACUUUCUGGCUCCCGCUGCAUUGCGUUUCGAAUGUUCCUCAUUCUCCUUCUGGUUCUUCGAAACCUUAGCAAGAGUAUGAACGAGAUCUUUAGGGGGUUGUGUGGCAAGUUUGAAAUUCGCUGAGAAAGCCUUCAAUUCAUGGCGGUCGAUCGGUCUUCCUGCUCUGCUGAUGCGGACUGCUUCGAUGUUGCGUCUCUGCUGUGCAGCAUAGCCUCGGAACUGUUCGGUGGGAACGACGCGAUCGUCUGUCGGCUCCUCUGGGGGCUGAGUUUCUCGUGUAGUCACUACAACGGAGGUAUAUGGUAAAGGGCCUUCAGAGUUUGUGCUUGUGUUUGUCGAUGUCAUGGUGACCUCUUCCGAUUGGGGUAUGUUUGAAGUUCGGGAUGGAGAUAUCGUGGAUAUGAGGUGCGUGCGAGAAUCAAAAAAUAUGUCUGUGUCGACAGACGUCAUUUUUUGGUCUCUGGUCUGGUCGUAGUCGAAAUCAUCGCAAGCGCCGUCGAAUUGCAUAGUCAUAUCCGCAUCGUAGGCUACCGGUGUUGUUGACUUCGCACUUUAUCAGCCUCCUUCCACAUUUCCCGAGCAGUCUUGCGCUUCCUGAUAACGUUCACUACCUCGUUCAUCUCUGGGUGCUUUCGCAUGAGUUUUUGGACAAAAGGCGAGUAUUCCUUGUGUGGACAGGAGAUCAGCUCAUCGAUGUCCAUGCUGUCGGAGCUCUCGUUGUCGGAUAUCAUUGAACCUGGAGACAUCCCGAUCGGUCGAAGGCCGAAGCCAACUGACGGUGUGGAUUUGCGAGAAUGAUGAGAGCUGUAAUCUGCAUGAUUUUGCAUGUCUGUGUCGCUGCCUCGUUCGAAUUCCUCGAUGUUGUGUCUAUGCUCAGUCUCGAAGCGUUCGUAUGACUCGGUAUGCUGACUUGCUGUGCUCGAAUUUUCGCCCUCUCUUCGUGCCUUCUUCUUUGCUUGAAUCGUGUUCGAAGUAGGGCUGUCAAUCAAAAUGGCUUCGUUUUCUUGGUGAUCUCUCUUGCGCCCACUACUUCGCUGCGCUGUGUUUUCGCGAAUCAUGUCGCCAAUUUCGUCCGACUGUUCACGAAAGAGUCUCUGCUUCUUGUCUUCGAUUUCUUGAACCUUGUCUAUCAAAUCUUUCUUCCUUCCUGAGGUCGGAGUGUUCGUAGCCGAGCUGUUUGAUGAGUUUUCCGUCAAUCGGCCAAUCAAUCUUCCCUCGUGCCGGUCGCGUUCUCUUUCUCGCCGCGCCCUACUUUGAUUUUCACGUUCGUCACGCCGAGUGCUAAGUUGGUUUGCUGGUGUGGUGACACCUCUUGCUCUACGCUUUUGAAAAAUUGAGAAGGGAUCGGUGUUCUCAGGACAGAGCGAUUUGAAGUGUUUUCCCCUCUUGCGACAGAUCUCACAGAGGUAAUUGUCAUCUGGAGCACGAUCGUAGCUCGGGUCUAGGUUCGUUGGACAGACUUGGAGAUGGUGGCCUGUGGAUGGAAUCAGCCAUAAGUUUGAGGCGUGAUGCUUGCCCUUAGUUGAAUUUAAGACAUAUCUGGGAAGAGAAAACAUACCAGGAACGUGACAUCGGUUGCAAAUGUAGUUUGGCGGUGGCUUCCCCUCAAACUUUUUCAACUCGGC